AUGAUCCUUAAUAAUUUAUCAACUGAUUCAGGCUCAUCUCAGCAAAUUAUCAACCAAGAAGAUUACCACGAACCUGACAUCACACCAAUUGAAGGAGUAAACAAUAACGAAUUGGCAUUUACACUUCUUAACUUGAUUGCUAUACUGGUUUUACUUUCUGCCGUGUUGUCCAUUGUUUUUCUUUACGGCAGUUACAAGGCAGUUAAACCCAAAGAGAGGAUCAUACGCUGGAUGAAAACACAUGGGUUUGCUUCUGAUACAGAGUAUGGAAUAACAAGCAUGAUUUUGCAUGCUCAUAAUUUAUAGGAUUGGCAAACUUUAAUGUG